GUUAUAAGAUUUACGAAUUCAAUCGCAAAGCGAAAAUUGGAGGUGGAGUUUGCAUUUAUAUUAAAGAAUGUCUAAAAAUUAAAAUAAGAGAUGACAUAAAUAAGGAACAUUUAAGUGAAAAUAUUGAAAGUAUUUUUAUAGAAAUUGAAAACAUUAAAG